GUAGGUGUGAAUGUGAGUGUGAAUGGUUGUCUGUCUCUAUGUGUCAGCCCUGUGAUAGUCUGGUGACCUGUCCAGGGUGUUGGCUAAGAUAACUUUUUUUUUACCACCUCUUCUCAGGAAGAUUUAGGAAACAAGAUAAAUGGAUAUGAUGCUGCUCACUCUGUACAGCAGGUGGCGGUAAGUACCUUAGAGUUGCUGUCGAUCCUCCAAUAAACCGAGAGAAGAAGAAGAGUGAACCCGGAAGUGAACAGAGACAGCCUCGGAGCAGCUUGUGUCUGCAGUUUGUUGUUAUGAACUCAUGUCGGACUUGUUUUCUCCUGAAGUGUUUUAAUGACUUUAACGAUUUAAGAAGAAUCUAGAACAAACCGGGCUCAGCUCAUGUCCCCCGCGAGCCGCUUAGCAUUAGCCGUUAGCCGCAGUUAGCCUCGGUUGUUGUUGAGCGGGAGCAGCGGCUGCUGUUAGCCGGCAGGAUGAGCUCCUCCGCGGGCCUGUACACUCAGCUGGCCGCCGUCAUGGAGUCUCUGGUCCACGCUGCGGUGGCGGAGCUGAAGAAGCUGGUGGAGGACAGCUCGACCUGCCUGCUCCGCCUGGAGGUCCGGAGCGGACAGGAGCCGCCUCUGCAGGCCGACAGUCGGGGGAAGAUGGUGCAGUUUGCCGCAGUCAUGGAGACUCUGGGGAACGAGGCUCUGGGGAAGAUGAUAAACAUUGUGGAUGAAGCCAAACUGCUGGUGGAACCAGAACCAGGCAGGGGCGGAGAGAAACCACAGACCAGCGUCCUCAAGAUCUUCAGCGAAUCACGGGUUGAGGCAGAACAUUCGUAUGGAGUCCAAUCAGAGAGCUCCAACACACACAAAUCCACUCAGACAGAUCCAGAGGAGGAGAUGGUCACCGUGAAGGAGGAACUUGACGACAUCGACCAGGAAGGAGACGCUGAGAGAGCUCCAGUAGAGGCUGCCGAGCCGGUGACCUCUGACUCUCAGCCGCAGCCGGAGUUCGUUCUGCAGAGCGUCACGUGGAAAUACUUCACAUGCACUGCGUGCGGUAAAUCCUUCACAUCUCAGAGCAGCUUGAAGUCUCACUACCGCAUCCACACGGGCGAGAAACCGUUCUUCUGCGGUGUCUGCGGGCAAGAUUUCCGCCGGCGGCAGAGCCUGAAGAACCACGCAAGGACACACACAGGCGAGCGGCCAUACAAGUGUCCGACCUGUGGCAAGGGUUUCUCUAGCCACACCACAAUGAAGACGCACUCCAUCAUCCACACGGGAGAGAAACCGUACGGUUGCGAGACCUGUGGACGCCGCUUCAACGUGCUGCAGAACCUGCACCGCCACCUGCUCACCCACACCAACAACAAGGUCUUCGUUUGCGGCGUCUGUGGGAAAGGCUUCACCCGUGCCGUCACGCUCAAAAAUCACGAGCUCACCCACAGUGGGGAGAACCCCUUCCGGUGCCAGCAGUGUUCCAAAACCUUCUGUGAUGCCGUCAACCUCAGGAACCACCAGAGGAUCCACACUGGCGAGCGUCCGUUCAGCUGCCAGGAGUGCGGUAAGGCGUUCAGCCUGCGGAGCAGCCUGAUCUCACACCGCCGCUCACACUCCACAGAGCGGCCGUUUGCCUGCAGCUACUGCGACAAGACGUUCAACAUCGCCCACAGCCUGAAGUUGCACCUGCGCACCCACACCGGUGAGAAGCCGUACGCCUGCGACCUCUGUGACAACAAGUUCAACACCGCCAACAGCCUGAAGCUGCAUCGACGUGUCCACACUGGUGAGAAGCCACAUGCCUGCGACAUCUGUGGCAGGAUGUUCAACAACCCCAACGGCCUGAAACUGCACCUGCGCGUCCACACCGGCGAGAAGCCGUAUGCCUGUGACCUCUGCGGCAAGACCUUCAGGCAGGACAACCACCUGAGGACGCACAAGAAGCUGAUCCACGCUGGCGGCAAGCAGCCGCAGUUAGCCUCGGUUGUUGUUGAGCGGGAGCAGCGGCUGCUGUUAUCCGGCAGGAUGAGCUCCUCCGCGGGCCUGUACACGGGCCUGGCCGCCGUCAUGGAGUCUCUGGUCCACGCUGCGGUGGCGGAGCUGAAGAAGCUGGUGGAGGACAGCUCGACCUGCCUGCUCCGCCUGGAGGUCCGGAGCGGACAGGAGCCGCCUCUGCAGGCCGACAGCCGGGGGAAGAUGGUGCAGUUUGCCGCAGUCAUGGAGACUCUGGGGAACGAGGCUCUGGGGAAGAUGAUAAACAUUGUGGAUGAAGCCAAACUGCUGGUGGAACCAGAGUCAGGGAGGGGCGGUAAGAGACCACAGACCAGCGUUCUCAACAUCCUCAACAACACACGAGUUGACGCUGAACACUCGUAUGGAGCCCCACCGGAGAACGCAAAUAUAAACAGAUCCACUCAGACCAAACAAGAGGAGGAAGAAAACCUGUUUGUCCCGGCAGUGACCAUUAAAGACGAGCAUGGCAACAUCGACCUGGGAGCCAUUGCUGAGAGAGCUCGAGUUGAAGCCACCCAGCCGGUGACCUCUGACCUCCAGCUGCAGCCGGAGUUCGUUCUGCAGAGCGUCACGUGGAAAUACUUCAUGUGCACGGCGUGCGGUAAAUCCUUCACGUCUCAGAGCAACCUGAAGUCUCACUACCGCAUCCACACGGGUGAGAAGCCAUUCUCCUGCAGCGUUUGCGGACGAGAUUUCCGCCGGCGGCAGAGCUUGCAGAGCCACGAAAGGACGCACACCGGCGAGCGGCCGUACAAAUGUCCGACCUGUGGCAAGUGCUUCUCCAAGCAGACACAGCUGAAGACCCACUCCAUCAUCCACACGGGAGAGAAACCGUACGGCUGCGAGACCUGUGGACGCCGCUUCAACCUGCUGCAGAACCUGCACCGCCACGCGCACACCCACACUGGCAAGAAGAUCUUCAUCUGUGGCAUCUGUGGGAAAGGCUUCACUCGCGCCGUCACGCUCAAAACUCAUGAGCUCAUCCACACCGGGCAGAAACCCUUUAAGUGCGAGCAGUGCCCCAAAACCUUUCGCCACGCCGUCAACCUCAAGAACCACCUGAGGAUUCACAGUGGCUUGCGGCCAUACAGCUGCGACCUCUGCGGGAAGAGCUUCCGCCAGUCCGUGAACCUGAAGAUCCAUCGGAGGAUCCACACCGGCGAGCGUCCAUUCAGCUGCCCAGAGUGCGGCAAGACAUUCAGCCAACAGAGCAGCCUGAUCUCACACGGCCGCACGCACUCCAAAGAGCGGCCGUUCGAAUGCAACUUCUGCGACAAGAAGUUCAACAACUCCAACAGCCUGAAGCUGCACCUGCGUGUUCACACCGGUGAGAAGCCGUACGCCUGCGACAUUUGCGGCAAGACCUUCAGCCAGGGAAGCCACCUGAGGACGCACAAGAGGCACGUCCACGCCGGCGGCAAACAGUUCAUCUGUGACAAGUGUGGGAAGAGAUACUCGGACCAGCGUAACCUCAAACUGCACAAGUGCAGCUACGCAUGAAUGUGACCUCAUCAGAGCUGCAGCCGUAGACAGAAAAUUUAUCUGCAAUUAUUUUAAUUAUCAAAUUAUUAUUGUAGGCGUUUUUCAAACAACACUUCAACACUAAUAGAAGUUUUACGGUAAUAUGGAUAUUCUGGUCAGUCCUACCUGAAACAGAUCAAACACCAUUUGAAGACGUGGCAUUGAAUCACACAGCAGGCUGUGUUUCAUUAUCGACAGUCUGUUUAUCGACAAAAUGAUUAAUUGAGGAAAAUAAUUUUACAUUUUUAGCUGCAGCUCUGAAACGUGAACAUUUACAGUUUCCUCAGUUUGGGAGUUGGAGACAGAAAAACUUGAAUGUUAUUAAUUAAAGUUUUGUUGAGGAAAGAGUUUACUUAAUUUAUUUUGAAUUGUUGGGAGUAUUAGACAGAAAGUGGACCUGUUCGGCCAAUCAGAGCUUGCGGGUGUUAAAGUGGGUGGAGCCUCUGAUUCAGGUUCCUUCUGAACAGUGAUCUGACUGAUCCUCCACACUCAACACAGCAUCGUAUUUUCAUGAAUACAAUGAUUAACCUUUAACUUUGUCCCGCCUUCAGCCGCCUGGUAACAGAGUCUGAAGCUCUCUGAUUGGAUGAUUCUCACAGUAAAGCUUUUUGGGAGUUGACUUCUGUCCUGAAACUUAACUUUUUCUUCUGAUUUUUUUUUUUUUAUUAUUAAUAAGCAUAAAGACAAUACAGAUAACAAAUGAUGUCACCAGGAGAUCUGAUCAGAAGUCUUGUAUCAGAUCAGGAGACGUGACGCAGGCACAACAGGUUCAGUGUUUUUGCCACUUUCUGAUUUUUUGAGAACAGAAUUAAUUGGAUUUAUUGUUUGAGCUGAAAUCAAAAAUCAUGAAGGAGGGUUUAUGAGUGGAAAAUUUUAGUUUAUGAAUGUGAGAUUUUGCAAGUAAAAGAAUGAAAUUGAUGAUGUAAUAUUGAUCUGCUUUGAUAGAGAAGUCUGUAAAAACACUAAAUGCAUUUUCAUAAAGACAGGAAAAUUUUGAAUCAACAUUCUGGGAAAUAAAGGACAUCUUGUCAAAACACAGAGCUGUGGGGACAAAACUACAACAGGUUUAAAUCUUCCGGAGUCAGUUGACAAAAUGAGCGGACAUUCGUCAUCUUUAUACCUUGUUUUGUUUUUCAUCCACUGAAUAUGGAACAAGUGAUGUCGUGGCUCCGCCCACUGAGAUGCUGUCCUCUGAUCUUCUGAUUGGUUGAAACCUUGAACCUCAGUCAUGUUGAAACAGUGUGUAAAUGUUCAUACGCACAGUAUUGCUUUUUAUAAUUUCAUAGAUUCUAUUUUUCAUUUGUUUGGAAAAUAAUAAAAUCUGCAAAUUCAA